AUGGGGUCUGUCUCCAACCAAGAAAUCACAGGUGGGAUUUCCAAACCAGAUGAAGAUUCAUUGGUUCUUCCCAAAACUGGGGAAGACUUCAGUUUUCAAGGAUCUGGAGUGUGCAAGUGGUUCAAUGUUAGGAUGGGGUUUGGAUUCCUUACUAUGACCAGGAGAAAUGGAGUUGAUCUGGAGACCCCUGUGGAUGUUUUUGUACACCAAAGCAAGCUCCACAUGGAAGGGUUCCGGAGCCUGAAAGAAGGGGAAUCCGUUGAAUUUACCUUCAAGAAGUCAUCCAAAGGCUUGGAGUCCACACAUGUGACAGGGCCUGGUGGUGUCCCUUGUAUAGGAAGUGAGAAAAGAGCCAAAGUAAAGGGGCAACAGAAGAGGAGGCCAAAGGGAGACAGGUGCUAUAACUGUGGAGGGAUAGAUCACCAUGCCAAGGAAUGCACACUGCCACCACAGCCUAAGAAAUGCCACUUCUGCCAAAGUCCCAGUCAUAUGGUGGCCCAAUGUCCAUCAAGAACAACCCAGUCUACAAACCUGCAGGGAAAACCUGCUCCCGAGGAAGAGGAAGUGACCUCUAAGGCUUCUGAAUAA